AUGCGAUCGCUCAGCAUGACCACGGGGGCGCUGGCUCGUCAGCUGAAAACAGCGAAUGCCGCGACGGCUACGUCCAAACGUUUGGCACAGGCGCAGGCGAAAGCUUUAGAUCUGGGAUACACGUCGUCGUCAACGGAGGAGGAGAGCGACUCUGCUAUGUCACCGCUACCGCCGUCACCAUUGAGCGAGCCCCGCGCCAGCGCAGUGCACGAUCCAAUCGCCGGCAGCACCGAUGGCGCCGAAGUUAAAUCGGCCCCACCGCCUCCGCCUACAAUACCCCCAUCACCUGCGAGCGCGCACAAUGGUGUUGCCGCCGCUGCCACCGCUGCCGGUACGGGAGGAGAGAACACGGUGUCGGCUGAAUAUGCCAGGGGGGGACGAGUUGAAAAACCGACCCCUGGAUUGGUGGUGUGGGCUAAACGUGGCGCCGAGCUGUGGCCUUCGUUAAUCCGGCAAAAGGUUGGGUACGACAAGUGGACCGUCGUACACCUUGGUCCAGUGGUCAGGCAGACUAGGGGUUCCUCUUCUCCCACCGAACCUGCAUUUUCUGUAAAAGAAGUGAUGUCAUCUUCACUUCUUCAGUUUCCGGGGGGGGUCCCACUAAUGGCGCUGAAGGAGAAGCUGAAACGACCGCCCGAGAGCACAGAGAAGAAGGCUAAGCGAGCUCAUGUCCGUGACGAGUUUUCGCUCCUCGCCAACAAAGAACGCCAGGUACUUCAGCUUGCUAUCGACCACGCGGUGCACCUUUGCGUGGUUUACGCCUGGGGCAACGACGCCAACAUGGUAAACGUGCUCGAUGGUGUUCCUCUCGACGAUUUAGGGCUUACGGCGGAGGGUGCCCAAAACGGAAGGAAACGCUUGCGGAAGUUGAUGGCACGUCAAGACCGGUGGGCCAUGACCCCUGACACGUGGAGAUCGUGGGAGAGGCUCCGGCUGAUCGUGAAUCUGGGGGACACAAGUGUGGGCUCGCUUUGCCAGAACCUACGCUACGUCUACCAGGAGGUUGAGAACUGGAUCAACGGUUCUCCGAAAAGAUGGUGGCAGAGCAAGGAAAAGUAA